GACACGUGUCUUUAGAUGGGGGCACCCAAUAUGAUCCUCAUUGCGAAACAGCCGAGUCUCGCCCGAACCAGCGCUUCACACAAACCCAGAAACAGAAGCAGAAGCAGAAGCAGAAGCACCAUGCUUCUUUCUCCGGCUUAUUAUCGCCCACUCCGCUUCUUACAAUCUCCUCCUCCUCCUCCUCCUCUUCCUAAGCGAGAUUCCUCAACUGGAUCUCCACAGUUUCCUAGAAAAGGAGUUCGAGUCCCCUCAAAUACCAAACCCCGAGCGCUUUCUCCCAAAACGGAGGACGAUACCGAGCGAAGAACCAUAGGUUUGAAAAGCGCUGGUGGAGGAAGCCCAUCUAGAAGCUUCUUGUCUCUUCUCUGCCCCCUCCUCAAGUUUUUUGGUGGAGGAGAUCCCUCGCAGGAACGCAACGACAUUAUAGAGGUUGCAACAUCUUCGUUGUCGAGCUUGGCUCGGCUUCCAUGGGGAUCGAAAUCGACAAAUGGCGGUGGAAGCAGCUUAAAUUCUUCGGAAAGUCCAACAAACUUGCAGUUAUACGAAUUCGAGGCAUGCCCCUUUUGUAGGAGAGUCCGAGAAGCAAUGACAGAGCUCGAUCUCUCUGUAGAGGUUUAUCCUUGCCCAAAAGGAUCACUAAGACAUAGAGAAAUUGUUAGAAAUAUUGGUGGGAAAGAGCAGUUUCCUUUCCUUGUUGACUUAAACACUGGCAUGUCGAUUUAUGAAAGUGGAGAUAUUGUGAAAUACUUGUUCCAACAAUAUGGCCAAGGAAGAAGCCCCACAUUUGGGCUCUUGGAGAGCACAAUUUUUACGGGAUGGGUGCCUACACUUCUUCGAGCAGGAAGAGGGAUGACGCUGUGGAAUAAAGCAGGAGAACAGCCUUCCAAGAAAUUGGAGCUUUUCUCGUAUGAGAACAAUGCUUUUGCCAGGAUUGUUCGCGAAGCACUAUGUGAAUUGGGGCUUCCUUACAUUCUCCAGAAUGUUGGAGAAGGGUCAUCAAGAUCUCAGCUGCUCGUUGAUUUAUCAGGUUCCAAAGAGGUACCGUAUCUGAUCGAUCCGAACACAGGAUUUCGAUCAGGUGACCAUAAGAAGAUAUUGUGUUACUUGUUUCAGACAUAUUCCGUUGCAAUCUAACCUCUAGUUUUCAUUUCCUAGUUCUUCUUGGAAAAAUAAUAUCCGAUCAUUAGCCAUGUAAGAUCCGAAACACACUGAGCUUUUACACUGCUAAUUAAUUUUUCGCAUCAAAAUCCUUUUCCAAUAUGUUAACUUGGUCA